ACGAGCCUACAAGGAUGACCAGCUGUUUAGCGAGCUUGCUAGAUUCGUGGUUUUCAACUUUUGAUCAUAUUUAUCAUGACGAGCUGGUUACAAAUGCUGCUGGAGAUGCUCUAAGGAGUCGUCUUGAAUCUUGACUAGCGUUAGCCAUGCUCGUGAGGAGCGCCUCCACGCCGGUCCUCGGCGCGCUCCACCCGUCCCGCUGCCACUCGCCGGCGGCCUCCUCCCCGGCCGUCCACUUCGCCGAGUCGCCGACGGCCGCCUACCACCCGCCGGCCAUCUCCUGCCACUCACUCACCAGUUCGGAGGGCAACCAUACUCUGGUGAAAGGGGAUUACCGGAGGGCAGAGGAGUACUACUCACGCGCAAUACUGUCCGACCCAGACGACGGCGAGCUCCUGCCGGAGUACGCCAAGCUGGUGUGGGACGUGCACCACGACGAGGAGCGCGCCUCCAGCUACUUCGAGCGGGCAGCCAAGGCUUCCCCGCAGGACAGCAGUGUCCUUGCCGCGCACGCCGCGUUCUUGUGGGACACGGAUGACUGUGACGAGCCUGAAGGGAGCAGCGGCGACGCGCUGGGCUACGCGGGUUUUACUCCUGCUCGUUCGUCUCUGGCUUCGGCAACAACCUGAACAGCCUUUCUGCUGUUUCUGAAGCUACCAUGUCACCAUUAUAUUAGUCUUGUGCUUGCUCUUCUGUUGUUUCUGAAGCUACCAUGACAAUAGUCUGUGUUUGUUUCAG